UUUCUCCUGGAAGAGAGGUGCUGACUGGCCCCAAAUGACUGACAAUCUGGUGUAACGAAAAUUUCCAAUGUAAACUCAUUUUCCCUCGGUUUCAGCAAUUUUAAAUCUAUAUAUAGAGAUAUCUUUGUCAGAGCAUAGCAUUGUUAGCUUCUCCUGAUAAACUAAUUGUCUCACAUUGUCACUGCAGAUUGACACCUAUUAAUGGGUCUCACCUCCCAACUGCUUCCCACUCUGUUCUUCCUGUUAGCAUGUGCCGGCAACUUUGUCCAUGGACACAACUGUGAUGUCGCCUUAGAGGAGAUCAUCAAAACUUUGAACAUUGUCACAGAGCAAAAGACUCUGUGCACCAAGUUGACCGUAAUGGACAUCUUUGCUGCCUCCAAGCAGCAUGGGUGUCUGCCCUCUAGACACACAGGUAGCGUCUCCCCACCCCGUGUCCUCUCCACUUCGACUGGCCCACAGAGCCCAGAGAGAACACAACUGAGAAGGAAACCUUCUGCAGAGCUGCGACUGUGCUCCGGCAGUUCUACAGCCACCAUGAGAAGGACACUCACUGCCUGGGUGCAACCGCACAGCAUUUCCACAGUCACAAGCAGCUGA